GCCGCCUCCACCGCCCGAGGUCCGCGCGCUCCGCUGCAGGGUGCAGACCCCUGGCGCCCGCCUGGGUCUGGGGCGCAAGAGCAGAGGCGGAGCCAGGGCGGAGCCAGAGCGCCCCGUCCACCCCGACAGCCCCCGUAAUCGAAAGCGAAAGAGGGGGCCGAGAAGGAAGGGCGGGGCCAUCCGGAGGCCCCGCCCCCUGCCCUGCGCGGCUGCUGGACCGACGGGCGCGCCCGGGUAGGGGGCUCCGAGCGCGCAGUGCGGACCCUCGCGGGAACCUGCGCCGCCGCCACCAUGUCUCAAGAAGGUGUGGAGCUGGAGAAAAGCGUCCGGCGCCUCCAGGAGAAGUUUCAUGGGAAGGUAUCCUCCAAGAAGGCGGGGACUCUGAUGAGGAAAUUUGGCAGCGACCACACAGGAGUGGGGCGAUCCAUCGUGUACGGGGUAAAGCAGAGAGAUGGACAGGAACUGAGUAAUGACUUGGAUGCCCAGGACCCCCCAGAAGACAUGAAGCAGGACCAGGACAUCCAGGCGGUGGCGACCUCCCUGCUACCACUAACACAAGCCAACCUCCGCAUGUUCCAGCGGGCGCAGGAGGACCUCAUUCCUGCCGUGGACCGGCAGUUUGCCUGCUCUUCCUGCGACCACGUGUGGUGGCGGCGCGUGCCCCAGCGGAAGGAGGUCGCGCAGGGAGGUGGAGGAGAAGCCCGCAUUUGUACUCUUUUCCAAUUUCCCGCUGUGGCCAGUGUCACGCCACUGGGGCUCACCUCUGACCGCAAGCCUGCCCCCCCCACUCUGCACACCCAGGUGUCGCGGUGCAGGAAAUGCCGAAAGCGCUAUGAACCGGUGCCAUGUGACAAGAUGUGGGGCGUGGCUGAGUUCCAUUGCCCGAAGUGUCGGCACAACUUCCGGGGCUGGGCACAGAUGGGGUCCUCGUCCCCCUGCUACGGAUGCGGCUUCCCUGUGUAUCCAACACGGAUCCUCCCUCCGCGCUGGGACCGGGAUGUGGACCGCCGCAGCACCCACACCCACUCCUGCUCGGCCGCCGACUGCUACAACCGGCGAGAGCCCCACGUGCCUGGGACUUCCUGCGCACACCCCAAGAGCCGGAAGCAGAACCACCUACCUAAGGUCUUGCACCCCAGCAACCCCCACAUCAGCAGUGGCUCCACUGUGGCCACCUGCCUGAGCCAGGGGGGCCUCCAGGAAGACCUGGACAACCUCAUCCUGGAGGACCUGAAGGUGGAGGAGGAGGAGGAAGAGGAGGAGGAGGAAGAGGAGGAGGAGGGCGAGGGUGGGCACGGGGAGUGACCCCGGACAGGUGCAGAUGCAAACUGGACACGGUCUGUGGAUGUUUUGUGUUGUUAUAAAAUAUGAGCUCAAACUGA